CUAUACCAAUUGCCCAUGCUUAUGCCCCCCCCAUGCUUAUGCCCCCACCUCCUUAUUCAAAACUCACAUAACCUAUUCUUCUUUGUUCACAUAACCUAUUCUUCUUUGUUGGAGACAACUGAGAUAAGCCAUGGGAAGAGCUCCAUGUUGUGACAAUGGUGACAGGAACAAAGGAGCCUGGACUACAGAAGAAGAUGAAAGGCUUAUCCAAUACAUUCAAGCCCACGGAGAAGGCUGCUGGAGGUCACUUCCUAAGGCUGCAGGUCUGCUUCGUUGUGGCAAGAGUUGCAGGCUAAGAUGGAUAAAUUAUCUGCGCCCUGACCUCAAGCGGGGUAAUUUCUCUGAAGAUGAAGAGGAUCUCAUCUUCAAAUUACACGCCCUUCUUGGAAACAAGUGGUCUCUGAUAGCCGGUCGACUACCCGGACGAACCGACAACGAGAUAAAAAACUACUGGAACUCACAUCUGAAAAGAAAACUGCUUAGUAGGGGCGUCGACCCGAAGACCCAUCGACCAUUUUACAAAACCAUCACCCACAAUCAGAAAUCGGACAUUCUUACACAGGCCAAAUCAGAAAUCGACCAUGAAAAAUGCUCAGGAGAGACAGUCGACGAGGUACUCCAAUCUUCGGAAGGCGACCAUUGUGAGCAAGCAAUUACAAGCGAUUCCCACACCCACACCCACAAUCAGACUCAAACUCAAACUCAAGCUCAGAAUCACAGAGAGCUUCUGAAUCUGAAUCUGGAAUUGUCGAUAACUUCUCCAUCGAUUUGUUCAACGGCUCGCGACGAAACAGUCCAUUCUCACCAAGGCUGUCAUGGCCGGCUUUCGUCUGGCAAGGAUGAAAUAAACGGCCUAAAUUCUGUCGGCUGCUACGUAGAUUUCCCCCGUACAAUGCUCUUGUUAAGAUAGAUAAGGAUGUGGGCCGUAGAUGCAAAAAGGUUGCUUUGCAACGUUGUAUUGUUUUAGUCUAGUACGGGAUAUUUUUGGUAAGAACCUUCUUACAUCUAUUACAUCAUCUCCAAAUAAUAAUACUUCCUGCUUACACUAUAGUAUCUUUGUAUCUCUACAAUUGUAUUAACCAAGGUAUAAAUUAGAUUUUGAUUACUUAUGUAAUCUAUACAAAAUCCAAAUUGUUCCACUGCUCAUUCAGCA